GAGGCCAUUCUGAGCUCACCGAAAAAACACAAACAACCACAAGAACGCCAGAAAAACCAAGAUGGCGGUGCAAGAGACAGCAUCCCAACUGUCGAUGGCUCUCAAAGUCCAAGAAUAUCCCACCCUGAAGGUGCCGUACGAGACUCUGAACAAACGGUUCCGGGCGGCUCAGAAGAACAUCGACAGGGAGACGAGUCACGUGACCAUGGUCGUAGCCGAGCUGGAGAAGACGCUGAGCAGCUUCCCGGUGGUGGACUCCGUGGUGUCCCUGCUGGACGGCGUGGUGGAGAAACUCAGCGCCCUGAAGAGGAAGGCUGCAGAGUCCAUACAGGCUGAAGACGAGAGCGCCAAGCUGUGUAAGCGUCGCAUUGAGCACUUGAAGGAGCACAGCAGCGACCAGCCGGCCUCCGUCAACCUGUGGAAGAAGAAGCGCAUGGACCGGAUGAUGGUGGAGCAUCUGCUGCGCUGCGGCUAUUACAACACAGCUGUCAAACUGGCCAGACAGAGCGGGAUAGAGGACCUGGUGAACAUUGAGAUGUUUCUCACAGCUAAGGAGGUGGAGGAGUCUCUGGAGAGGCAGGAGACAGCCACUUGCCUGGCCUGGUGCCAUGACAACAAGUCCCGCCUGCGCAAGAUGAAGAGUUGUCUUGAGUUCAGUCUGAGAAUCCAGGAGUUCAUUGAGCUGAUCAGACAAAACAAACGCAUGGAUGCAGUCAGACAUGCACGCAAGCAUUUCAGCCAAGCGGAGGGUGGACAGCUGGAUGAGGUUCGGCAGGUGAUGGGCAUGCUGGCCUUCCCAUCAGACACACACAUCUCUCCAUACAAGGAUCUUUUGGAUCCGGCCCGCUGGAAGAUGCUGAUCCAGCAGUUCCGAUACGACAACUACCGACUGCACCAGCUGGGGAACAACUCUGUGUUCACCAUCACCCUUCAGGCGGGUCUGUCCGCCAUCAAGACGCCUCAGUGCUACAAGGAGGAUGGUACCUCGAAGAACCCGGACUGCCCCGUGUGCAGUAAAUCCCUCAACAAGUUGGCCCAACCGCUGCCCAUGGCCCACUGCGCCAACUCCAGGCUAGUCUGCAAGAUCUCAGGGGAGGUCAUGAAUGAAAACAACCCCCCUAUGAUGCUGCCUAACGGAUACGUCUACGGCUAUAAUUCCCUUCUGUCCAUCCGCCAAGAUGACAAAGUGGUUUGUCCCAGAACCAAAGAAGUCUUCAACUUCUCUCAGGCUGAGAAGGUCUACAUCAUGUGAUCGCUCAAGAAGAGCCGUCUGCGCACUUACAUGAUUGCAUACGGCCCCAUCGUUCUCAGAGAGCCCCCCCCCCCCUCACAGACACACCCGGAAUCUCCCACAACCCCCCUCCCAAUUCAGGAUCAGUGCAAGUUUGCUACCCCCCCCCCCCCCCCCCCCAUUUUACUGCACAGAAACUGGGAUCCUCUCUACGACUCUGACUAAAGUGGAAGUUGAUUAAUCUGAUCAAUUCAAGCACCGGGACUAUCGACCGUUUCGUUAUCUGAACGGUCUGCGAGACCUCAGAAAAGGACUAAUGAGGUGGAAAAACCGCUCGGUAGUUAUUUGAUUUUAUUACAACAAAUAAAAGCCUGUUGAGGUUCCGUUGACUUUUCACUAGUGGUGUUGCUUUGUUAUUAAAAAAAGAACAUGUGCAGAAGUGUGUUAACUCGCUCCUUUAACCAGAUUAACACGUCAGAUUUGGGCCUUUUUCAGGGCAACAUGGCUGCCCUCCUGGUCACGUGGUAGCAUUUCAUUAUGUGAUGCAUGCUGUUGACAUCCUUUUGUCUUCUGGCCGUGUGGGGGGGGAAAUGUUAAACGCCUCCUUUUGCAUUUCACCCCCCCUUUGGUCGUGGAAUGGAACUGGAUUCAGGCUGCGGUUGGCUCCUUUUAAAUGUAAAUACUAGGUAGCAAACAAGAAAUUCUGCUGUUUUAAAUUCCGGAGUUUUGAGGACAAGUAACAACGCCGAAGACGCUGCUUCUACCAAGAGUCUCUCUGAACUCAACAAGUCUUUUCUUGCGUGUUGUAAACCGGACGUUCGGGUGAACUGCUUGUUCAGUAAAACCUCUUUGAGGACGCUGGUAAUAUUAAUUGUGUUGUAUUUACUUCCUUGAUGAAAUUAACGCAAUAUUCAAACCAGACAACCAUCUCAGAUGUGCUUUUUUAUUUUCUUUAUUUGAAACACAUUGUCUUCCUUUUUUGUGUUUUAUGGUUUGCCGUUUGCAGUUCUCCAUUUUGUUUUCUUCAACCAAACACGAGUACAUAUUGUUGAAUUUAGGAUAUGUAUUCGGUUUAGAGAUGAAGCCUGGCCUGCUUUUUAUUCAAAUAUUUUUUAACUUAACUGAUUUUCCAAGAAUGAACAAGACAAUAAAGGAAAAAACGGUGGUAUUUUUCCGUCUUGUGCUCUGCGAUUGUUGAAGUCUGUUCUUUGGGGUUCGUACUCACACUGGACGUAGGUCCACGCACACCUUCAUUUAAAUAGCAAUGCAUUAAGAGGCUGGCUGCACAAUCCCACCUUCCCCCGGGAGGCUCAACGGACCUGAAAACAUGACUCGUCCUCCUCAUGACUUUGGAGAUAAACAGAUGUGGAUUGUGACUGAACAGACGCACCAUAGCGCUCCCAUAACAGCAGCAGUUUAUGGUAAACGUGAUCAACCUGUGGUCUUUACUUUCUUCCAUGUGUUUAUUGACAAACCAAAGGUUGCCUCAUUUGUGUCCAUCAAUGAUUUGGAAGUGCACCUGUAGUGACACAGACUGUCCCGUGUAUGUGUGUCUAGAAUAGGUAAAGGGGUCGUUCUGUGAGCAAGCUGUCUCAUAAAGAUUUCCGUCAAGUUGGA